UCCGCUAAGAGAGAACCGGAACUAAGGCAGGGAAGCACCCACCCGGAAAAAAACACCAUGGAAAGAAGAAUAUGAAGAAUUCCUCUCGGCCCAAUCGGUGCAUUUUAAUUCCAAGCUUCUAUUUCUAGUCGAAGCUUCGAGCUUGCCCCUUCCCCUCAAGCUCUGCCUCUCUGGAAGGCUUAGCUCCUCAAAUUUAGCUGCAAACCCCACUAAAUCUCUGCUAAAUCUCAGAUCUAAAGAUUAAAGAUUUCUCCUUUCCUUGUUUUUGUCGCCUGUCUUGCCUGUUCUUGUGUCCAGCCUUUGCUUUCACAGUACAAAAAGUUAGAAACAAACAACACACACACACGGAGGGGGAGGAGAGAGAGAGAGUAUUUGGUGCCGAAAUGGGAUGAGAUUGGAUGAGAAAAGCAGCUGGGAAUUGCUCAUUCGCAGCUGCUUGUUAGAGGUGGCUUCGUUUAUUGUGCGUGAAGUAGCAGCUUGAAGUGUUUUCUGAAUGGGAAACUGAAGAUGCUGCCAAUUCAUUCCUGACUUCAAAUUAGGUUUAAUUGUUGCAAGGAUCGAGCUCUCACAGGAUCAGAACUGAUAGUAGUGCUUUGCCUGCUUGGAUUCAUGGCAACACUGCUGCAUGGUGAAUCAAGACAGCUGUACUCAUGGUGGUGGGGCAGUCAUAUCAGCCCAAAGAAUUCCAAAUGGCUUCAGGAAAAUCUUACAGAUGUGGACAUGAAGGUCAAGGCAAUGAUCAAACUCAUAGAAGAGGAUGCCGAUUCUUUUGCAAAGAAAGCAGAGAUGUACUACAAGAAACGGCCCGAGCUUAUGAAACUGGUGGAGGAGUUCUACCGAGCAUACCGUGCUUUAGCUGAAAGAUAUGAUCAUGCAACUGGGGCACUCCGCCAGGCUCACCGAACAAUGGCAGAAGCAUUCCCCAACCAAGUCCCAUUAGUGUUGCCUGAUGAGUCACCCACUGGUUCAUCUGGCAUGGAGGUGGAGCCUCAAACUCCUGAAAUGCCUGCACCCAUUCGAGCAUCAUUUGACCCAGAUGAGUUACAGAAGGAUGCACUGGGUGUAUCAUCACAUUUUCAUGCCAUUAAAAGAAAUGGGGCACUUUCUGGAGAAAGUGAUGCAUCAUCAAGCAAAAAAGGUUUGAAGCAGUUGAACGAGAUGUUUGCAACCGGGGAAGGUGCAGCCCAUACAAAUUUAACUGAAGGAAGAGUAGGAAAAGGCUUGAACUUCGAGGAAGAAGUAGGAAAAGUUUAUGAGCCUAAAUCACAUAGUGAAUCAAGAGAUCUUGAAAAACAAGAAAUUGUGGAGAAAGAGGAUUCAAGUGAGGAGAUGAAGAAUCUGCAUGAAGAAAUAUCAUGUUUAUCAACAGAGAUCCAAAAUCUGAGAAACCAAAUGACAUCAGAAUCUGAGCGUGCUAAUAAAGCUCAAAAUGAAAUUGAAAGUUUAAAGAACAGUCUCUCUAAAUUAAACUCUGAGAAGAAUGCCACUCUUCUUCAAUACCAGUUGUCUCUUGAAAGAAUAUCAAGUCUGGAAAAUGAAAUCUCCAAUGGACAAAAUGAAUUUAAAAAGCUUGGUGAUGAGAUGAUGAGGGAAGUCAUGAAGCUAAGGGGUGCUGAAGAACUUAACCAAUCUCUGCGGUUGGAGCUGGACAUGUCAGAACGGAAAGAGAAGCUGCAGCAGCAAGAGCUUAAUCAAAAGCAAGAUGAGUUAGAAAAAAUUAUCAUUUCCUUAGAAGAUGUACAAAAGCGAUGCGCGGAGGCUGAAAUGGCUCUGCAGUCCAGGGAGAAACUGUACUCCCAAUGUCAGGAGGAGGUGAAGCUUUUGGGCUUGGAGAUUCAAAAGAUGAUUGAGAAGUUGGAGGACAUGGAAUAUAGCAAUGUAGGUUUAGAGGAAGAAGUUCACAGGCUUAAGGAGGACAAUGACAGUCUAAAUGAACAAAAUUUCUCUUCUGCGAUCAAGAUAAAAAAUCUUCAAGAUGAAAUCAUUACCUUGAAGGACACAAAGAGGACACUUGAGAUGGCUCUUCAGUCCAUGGAGAAACUACACUCCCAAUCUCAGGACAAGGUGAAGGUUUUGGGCUUGGAGAUUCAAAAGGGAAUUGAGAAGUUGAAGGACGUGGAACAGACUAAUGCGGGUUUAGAGGAGGAAGUACGCAAGCUUAAGGAGGAAAUCGAUAGCCUAAAUGAACAGAAUAUCUCUUCUGCAGCUAAGAUAAAAGAUCUGCAAGAUGAAAUCAUUUUCUUGAAUGAAGCAAAGAGGACAAUUGAUCAUGAAGUGGAUGUCCAUGUAGAAGAAAAGAAAUUUCUUCGGCAAGAACUUUGCCACCUGGAAGAAGAUAGAAGCAAUCUACUGCAGAGGAACCAAGGACUUAUGGAGCAAAUAAAAGCUGUCAGUGUUAAUGCAGAGUCCCUUCAGGAAUUGGUAUGCAAGCUUAAGAAGGAAAUCGAUGGCCUAAACGAACAGAAUCUCUCUUCUGCGGCUAAGGUAAAAGAUCUUCAAGAUGAAAUCAUUUUCUUGAAUGAAACAAAGAGGACACUUGAUCAUGAAGUGAGUCUCCAUGUAGAAGAAAAGAAAGUUCUUCACCAAGAACUUUGCCACCUAGAAGAAUAUAGAAGUGAUCUACUGCAGAGGAACCAAGUACUUAUGGAGCAAAUAAAAGCUGUCGGUGUUAAUGCGGAGUCCAUUCAGGAAUUGGCACGCAAGCUUAAGGAGGAAAAUGAUAGCCAAAAUCAACAAAUUCUCUCUUCUGCAGCUAAGGUAAAAGAUCUGCAAGAUGAAAUCAUUUUCUUGAAUGAAACAAAGAGGGCACUUGAUCAUGAAGUGAGUCUCCAUGUAGAAGAAAAGAAAGUUCUUCAGCAAGAACUUUGCCACCUAGAAGAAUAUGGAAGUGAUCUACUGCAGAGGAACCAAGUACUUAUGGAGCAAAUAAAAGCUGUCAGUGUUAAUGCAGAGUCCUCUCAGGAAUUGGCACGCAAGCUUAAGGAGGAAAAUGAUAGCCUAAAUGAACAGAUUCUCUCUUCUGCAGCUAAGGUAAAAGAUUUGCAAGAUGAAAUCAUAUUCUUGAAUGAAACAAAGAGGACACUUGAUCAUGAAGUAAGUCUCCAUGUAGAAGAAAAGAAAGUUCUUCAGCAAGAACUAUGCCACCUAGAACAAGAUAGAAGUGAUUUGGAGCAGAGGAAUCAACUACUUAUGGAGCAAAUGAAGGCUUGCAGUGUUAAUGCAGAGUCCCUUGAGGAAUUGGUAAAGGAGUUGCAGAAUGGAAACAUGGAGCUGAAAGAGAUCUGCAUGAAACAUGAGGUUGAAAAGGAACUUAUUUUGGAGAAGCUAAAAAACAUGGAUCAACUUUUGGAGAAGAAUGUAUUCUUAGAAAAUUCUGUUUCAGAUGCAAAUGUUGAGUUAGAACUGUUGAGACAGAACGUUGGAGCACUAGAAGCUUCAAAGGAAUCUCUUAGCAGUGAGAUUUCCACACUUGCUGCUGAUAAGGCUUUGCUUGUUUCUCAGGUAGAGAUCCAUGCUAAGAGUGCAGAGAAGAUUUCAGAGAAAAAUACCUUCUUGGAGAACACCUUGUCUGAUGUGAAUGCUGAGCUCGAAUGUCUUAGAACAAAGUUGAAGGAAUCUGAAGAAUCUUGCCAGUCUCUCAAUGAUCAGAAUUCUAGUCUUCUUGCUGAAAAACAUACUUUUGCCAAGCAGGUGAAAAGCGUUACAGAGAGUCUGGAAUAUCUGGAGCUUAGGUAUGCGGCUCUAGAAGACAAGCACUCGAGUUUGUUAAGGGAGAAGGAUCUUACACUCACUCAAGUCAAGGAGUUGCAAGAUCUAUUGAAACUAGAGAAACAAGAACAUGAAACUUCUAUCCAGUCAUACAAGGGCCAAGUGGUCACUCUAGAAAACCAGAUCCAUUGCCUGCAAGAAGAAAGCCAUCUUAUGGAGGAGGAGCUGGAACUAGAAGAGCUAAAGAAUAUGAAUGCCUUGCUUGACAUUUUCAUCUUGCAAAGAAGUUUGUGUGAUAUGACAGAAGGAAACUUGAUUCUCUCCAAAGAAUGUCAAAAGCAUCUAGAGACAUCUUUGUCUGCAGAAGGGCAAGUUUCACAACUCGAGAAGGAAAAUCUAGUCCAGAGAGGAGAGAUAAUGUUGCUGACAGAGCAUAAUGAGAAGCUAAAAGAAGGCAUAUAUCAUGUGGUGAAAACACUUAAUACCAACAAUGUUGGAUCUGUAGAUAGAAUCAAUGGUGAAGUUUCGUUGCAGAAUAUGAUGGUUGACAUUAAAAGAUUGCUAAAUUGUAUUUCAGAUGCAGAGGAUGAAAACCGGCAUCUCCAUAUUCAGAUAUCAGUUCUUGUCACCCUUCUAAAGCAAAUAGGAAUGGAUUUGGCUGAUAUGAGAUGGGAAAAAUGUGUCAUGGAGCAGGAACUUCAUGUCAAAACAGCAGAAUUAUUAACUUUGCAAAAUAAGAAGCAUGAACUCUUGGAGAUGAAUGAAGAAUUGAGGCAAGUCUUAAUGGCAAGCAACCAAAGGGAGGAAGUACUGAAAACUGAGAUGGAUAUUCUUCAUGGACAGCUAUCAGUUCUGCAAGCAUCUCAUCAGAUGUUGCAAACUGAAAUUUGUGAGCAUGUUGAAGAAAAUCAGUCUCUAUUGAAGGAACUUGACCGCUUGACGGAGAAGCACAAUGAACUGGUGGAUGAAAACAGUGUUGUUCUUGCAGAGGCCAUGACACUGGAGCAUCUCUAUUUCUUCUUCAGGAGCCUUAAUGCUGAGAGGAUGUUGGAGUUGAGGUUGUUGAGUGAUGAUCUGGAUUGUCUUCAUUUGGUCAAAAAUGACCUUGAUUAUCAGAUCAAAGAACUGAAUCAAAAAACAGGAGUAUUACUGGCAGAAAACAUGCACCUUAAGGAAUCCAUCACUUAUUUGGAAGAGUUGAGAAGUCGUUUACUGAUUUUAGAGUUUGACCUAAACACAGCGACAGGUCUUUGUGAAGAAUUGCAUCUUCAAAUUGAAUCGAUGAACAAGCUGUUGACACAAAAAGACAGGGAACUUUCAGAAGCAAAUCAGAAAAUUCUGUCCACACAAGAAAAGAACAAAGAAUUAUGUACAGUUCUUGAGGCUCUUCAGCUGGAUAUUGUUAUGGCUAAGAUGGUAAAAGAAGAGCUAGAGAAAAAGAUCUCACUUCUAUCAGAAGGUAAUGCCUUUAGGGACAAGGAGACUGCAUGCCUUACUGAAGCAAAUGAGAUGAUGCAAGGGGAGAUAAAUAGACUGCAUGAAGAGGCUGAAGUGCUUAUAAGAAGGGAUGAGCAUCUGACUUCUGAACUACAGAAAGAAAUAGAUGAAGUCAAGCACUGCGAAGGAGAAAUUGCAGAAUUAUUAAGAGAUGCUCAAACCUCUGCAGUUAAUGCAGCACUGUAUGAAGAAAAGGUAUUUGAGCUGAUUGUAGAAGGUGAGAGUUUUGAUAUUAGCGCCUUUGUGCAAAAAGAGAUGCUCAAUGAGGUAAUCACUUUAGGAAAUGCAUAUAUUGGUGAGCUGAAGGAAAAACUUCUUGUCCUGGAGGGAGAAACUAGAGGAUUAAAAUCUGAUUUGAAUGCGUAUUUGCCUCUUUUAAUGUCUUUAUUGGACAGUGUCACCUCUCUAGAAGAACAUACCCUUUCACUGUCAAAUCUUUAUGCACCAAAGGAUCACAAAGAACAGGAUAUGACUUUGAUGUUUCAUCAGCAUGAUGAGAGCAGUCAACUGAGUGAAGGCCAUGGUGCUGUGGUGCCUGCUGGAGUCCUAGUGAUGCAGAAGUUGAUUGCCAAAGUUGAAGCACUUAAACAGGUGAUUAUAUAUACUGGGAGUCUCUUAGAACAGGAAAAGUUUGCUUUCAUUGCUAACCUAGAGGCUACAAGGAAAGAAAUUGAAGAGUUAAAAGCAACUGCAAUGGAAGGGAAGGUACAAGAGGGUUCGAUCAGACAACUGAAUGAGGAUGAAGACACUGAUGAUGCUGAGUCUUCCAAGGUGAAGUAUGAGCAGAGAAUGAAAGAUAUUCAGCUUGACCAGGUUUCAAGUUCUUCACAACAUGGGAAUGGUGUUGGCUCAUAUGGUCUGAGUAAAAUUGAAGAUGCUGAAAUCAAUGAUCAAAUGCUUCAGUUAUGGGAAACUGCUGAAAGAGACUGCAAUCAUGGGACAUGGAAAGCAUCAUCAGUAGCUAUGGAGUAUGAUAUACAGGCUGUGGAGGACGACAAGGGUAAAUGCCCUUCUUCUGAACUAGGGACUGAGAAAGAGUUGGGCAUUGACAAGCUAGAGAUACCCAAGAGAGUGUCUGAAUCCCAACAAGAAUGGAACAAGAGGGUCCUCGAAAGGCUGGCUUCUGAUUCCCAGAGGCUGUCAGCCCUUCAGACAAGUGUGGAGGAGUUGAAGGGGAAGAUGGAAAGCUCUCAAAAAGGGAAGCAAACUAUGAAUUCUGAAUACGAUACAAUCAGCGCACAAUUGAAAAAGGCUGAGAGCGACCUAUCAGAGCUGAUUGAUAUCACUGGCAAGUUGAUGAAGAAGGCCAAAGACUAUUCUGUUCCUUCCAAUGAUAUAGCUAUUGAAACUGAAGAACUGGGAAACAUGGGAAGAAGGAAAAUCUCAGAAGAGGCAUGGAAGGGAUCAGAAAAGAUUGGAAGAUUGGAGUUGGAACUGCAAAAGAUCCAGUAUAUCUUGCUGAAACUUGAAGAAGAGCAUGAGAACAGCCGAAGUAAAGUUGCAGACAGAAAAGCCAGAGUCCUUCUGAGGGAUUAUUUCUAUGGAAGAAGAGACAACCCUAGACAGAAAAAGAAAAGCCCAUUCUGUGGGUGCUUGAGGCUUAAAACCAAGGGUGACUAGUAAUAUCCUCUUCUUUGAAUCAUUUGAGGAAGUUCUUGUUUUUCACAGCAAAAUCUGCUAUCUUGACAUGUAGCGUUCUUUCUCGGGAAAGAGGUACGAGCUCUUGAGCACCUGAUUUUCACUACAGUUUUACUCUGUAGGCUGUUGUGAGAAUUUUUCUUGGUUAAGUCCGCUGCAUUCUGAAUUGCUUAGCUUAAGAGGAAGUGUAUAUUUUAGGCCUAGUUUAAGUCAGUUGAGCUUCUUGGAGAACUUUACCCUUUUUUUGCUCUUGAUCUCUUUUAUUUCAUACAUUUGCACAAGUUAUCAUCUGAACACCCGUUAUUAUGGUUUAGUAUGAUGUUCUAAAAGUGAAUGUUGCAGCUAUAUGCUGACAACUGACAGAGCCUUGAGAUCAUGAAUUUCAAACUAGUUCUCUGCUCUACCAUGAGCAAGCUUAAUUA